AUGGCCGAUAAGAAUAUUGUGGUCAUAGGCGCGGGUGUUGCCGGCCUAACUACAGCGCUGCUUCUAUCCCGCAUUCCAGGAUACAAGAUUGUGGUGAUUGCCAAGCAUAUGCCUGGUGACUAUGACAUUGAAUAUGCGUCGCCCUGGGCUGGUGCAAACUAUAUGCCAGUAUCUAUCCGAGGAACUCGUGCAUCUGAAUGGGACAGACAAACGUGGAUUGCUCUUGAGGAUCUCGCUAGGAACCACCCAGAUGCGGGCGUUCAUUUUCAGGAAUGUCAGAUCCACAGCCGCGCGAAAGACCAGGGUUCUGCAACUGCAAACUGGUUCGCGGAGCUUCUUUCACCGAGCCCUUGGUUCAAGGACGUCGUACCAGGUUUUCGUUUACUGCCAAAAGAAGACCUCCGACCAGGUUUCGAUUCCGCGACAAGUUUCACAUCCGUGUGUAUUAAUACUGCCAUUUAUCUUCCAUGGCUAGUAUCGCAGUGUCUCAAGAACGGGGUUCAGUUCAAACGUGCUGUGCUAGAUCAUAUCUUAGACGCGACAGCUCCGUCAAUAAUCCCCGCGAAGGUUGAUCUAGUGGUGAAUUGCACCGGCUUAAUGGCUUCGAAGCUGGGUGGAGUGGAAGACAAAACUGUUGUCCCUGCGCGAGGACAGAUUGUAGUGGUACGCAAUGACGCGGGCAAAAUGAUCGAUGUCUCAGGGACCGAUGACGGUGACACAGAGGCAUGUUAUGUGAUGACUCGUGCUGCUGGUGGCGGAACAAUCCUCGGAGGGUCGUACCAGCUGGGUGACUGGGAUCCUCUAGUCGAUCCUAAUUUGGCCGUGAGGAUUAUGAAAAGGGCGGUUGAAAUGUGCCCUCAACUUACUGGUGGAGAAGGUAUAGAGAAAUUUGACAUUAUUCGGCACGCAGUGGGCCUGCGGCCUGUCCGAUCUGGAGGAACAAGGAUUGAGAGAGAGAAGAUAGGUGAUACCUGGGUGGUUCAUAACUACGGUGCUGGUGGAGCGGGAUAUCAAUCUUCGUACGGAUGCGCCCAAGAUGCCGUAAAGCUGGCGGCUGAUGCGCUAGGCAGACGGGCUAGAUUGUAA